AAAGCUGGUACAUUCGUAUCUCAGAAAUAGGAGAGGAACAGGAAAUUAAAACAAGGUAAAGGCAAGUAUCCAAAUAAAAGCUGACGCACUAACGGAUAACGACACAGAACGUCUACAGCACUGAAACACUGUUUAAAAAAAACCCAACUGUACUGCUGAACCUCGUCUUCUUUAAUAUUAGCAUCACAAGGGCAUCCGUGGAUUAUAAAAAAUAAGAGCUGGGCCUCUUCAGUAAGUUACAGGAAAACAAUUCCAUCUCGGGUUUCUGUGACAGUUUAUAAACUCCACCUUCGCUCUCGUAGUUUAUGACGUAGCAGAAACCCUCGAUGGGAUUAUUUUCUUGUAACUAUAUAUCUAUAUAUCUCUCAGACGUUUGAAAAAAUAUAUAUUCAUGGGGGAACUACAUAUUGCAUGGCAAUGACUACAUUUCACGGAAAUGUACCCAAGUAGUCCAGUACAUAUGCUAACCACCUAUGAACAGGAUAUGUUACUGCACUCGCAUACACAAAGCUGUGAAACAAAAAGGAUACCCACUGAGACACACAUGGGGGUGAGGUGUGAAACAUAUAGCACAGUGCCCAGCUUGGACCAGUCACGGCUGCUUCUGCUGUUCGGUUUCUGAGAAGUAUGAGCAAUGCAUUUUUAUAAUAGGAGGAAAUUCAACCAUGCAAUUUUGUAAUAGGAGAAAAAUCUACACUGCACUUUUGUAAUAUGAUUUAAAUAUUCUACAAUUAAUAUGUAUUUAUUUAAACACAGAAUAUACCAGUUAUAUAUUCAGACAGAGAUGAUAAAUGCCCCAUCCCCCAAAGCAGCACAGACCACUUUUUUUCAAUACAAAAGUUUUGCAUCAUCACACUACAGAAUCAACUAAUUUUGCUUCACAGAGUUGAAUGAAACCUGCUGAAUAAUGUUAUGUUAAUACAACAACGCUUUGUAGUUUUCCCCAUAUACCUGACAAAAAUGUGACAUUUUACAAUCCAACACGAAAGAAUGCUCUACUUCUAUUAGGACUUCCGGUAGACUACUUUUGUGAUAUAAUUGUUAUUUGUUAUCAUCAGUUUAUUUGAUUACAUGAUGCUAAAUAAAAUACCUAAGUUAUGUUCAUAUAUCAUUUUUUUAAAUUCUGAUUCAAUCCUAAAAUUCGAGGUGACUUUUAGCCACAGUUGUAAAUCUCUAUUUUUUUUUAUUCUGAAGCCCACAGGAAAUCACUGAACCACAGGUAGCUUAUAUUUCUUGCACUGCUACUGCCUGCUGUAAAAGCACCAGACCCCUGUGCUGUUCUGCAGAGCUGUAAAGGUCUAUAAAGACAGCAGUACUUGUGCUUAAACCAGCGCUUGUCAUUUGGAGUGAAAGACUGAGUAGCUUCAUUCCACUUGUCAGGUUGAACCGAGCUGUUGAAGAAUCUCCUGAAGAUGCGUUAUCUACUCCAAGGAUUGCUUCUCCUGCCGAUUGCUGGGCUUGUCGUGUCCCAGGAGGUAACUAGCGUAGAGGACUUUCCGCUGAACAUGGCAAACAGAUCGUUUGAUGACCAAUACAAGGGCUGCGAAAAGGACAUGCGGAACAAGGUUCUGAAAACUCUUCUGAAAAAUGAACUCGAGAAGAACGCCGAUUUUAAAACGGGGUAGAAGAAAGGGGAAGGAAGCUGGGAAAGACUGAAUAAAAAAGUUCCACUUCCUCCUGGCAUGCUGAAAGAUCAUGCCGUAGCGAUCCAGGCUUAUACGUGUGGAUCAUCGCUUUACAAGUCCUUUAAUGCAGCCGUGAGAACCAACGGCACAAGUCUGAAAGAAUACCAGAACCGCUUCCUAUACAAGUCCCUGCACUUCCUCCUUACCGACGCCGUCCGCAUUUUGAAAAAGCGUGAGGUUGAGAAAUGCCACGAAGUGUACAGGGGCGCCACAGAUUCGUUUUCGGCAAAGGAAGGCGAACGUGUUCGGUUCGGGCAGUUUGCAUCGAGCAGCCUGUCCGAGAAAGUGGCAAAAAAGUUUGGGAAGGCGACCGCUUUUAAAAUCAAAACCUGUCUUGGCAUUCCCCUGGGUAAUUUUUCUGCAUUGCCACAUGAGAAAGAGGUCCUGAUUCCGCCCUUUGAGGUGUUUCGUGUGGUCUCGGUGAAAAACAGACAAACAGGGAGGAGUAUUAGGCUGGUGCAUUCCGAGAGCUUUAGCAAAUUCAACUGCGCUCUGAUUAAAAAGCCUCGAAGAGGAAAGAUCGUAUUUAUCUGACCCGAAUUCUUCUCUCCUGUCUAACUGCGCAGAUUUAUUCCAACACCUCAAGAUUUGUCAUUGAUACAUUUUAUAGACCUACGUGCAUGAAAACACCCGGGUAUGCUCCUCUCGUUUUCAGUUUGUUUAAUGUAUUUACAGCCCCUAAUGGGUACCAUGAGUUAAAAAGCCGCAUUGCUUCUCUUUCCCAAUGAGCCUACUGGAAAUUAAACACGGGACCUGCAACGUUCUGGGCAGCUGUACCGUUUAGAGGCAAGGAAGCAUUUCGGCUGUUUUAAUUCCUACUGCAAACGUACAUGUACGUUGAGAAUUGCCCCGACAAACACCUAAAUUAGACUCCCUUGAAGGUAGUUUCCCUGUGAAGACCCUGGCCAAAAGUUUUGCAUCACCUAGAAUUUUUGGAUUGAAACCAUAUUUAAAAAAUA